CCCCGGUCUUCGUGGAGCUCCCCCUGGACCAUCCCAUUAGGUCAUGUGAUUGUUCACCGGGGCGAGGUUGAUCCGCUUACUCCGCAUUUGAAGGCUGGAGCUACACGACUUGCUUUUCCUCUGCAGUCACCCCCAAUUCCCUGGAUAAGAACUGGUCAUGCGCUAUUCUUACUAAGGACAUCCCAUCGGUCAACCUGACCUUCCUCUAGCUUUAACGUCAACCUCAGUCGUCUCCCAUACGUACCCGAACCCGCCCCCGCUCUUGCGGGGCAAUCAUCCGAGCUCAGCGCCAGCCCAGCAGAUCGCCAGCAUGGACGCCCGCAAGAAGAAGAGAAAGGUGCUGCUUAUGGGCAAGAGUGGCUCCGGCAAGUCGUCUAUGCGCUCAAUUAUCUUCAGCAACUACGUCGCCAAGGAUGUGCGCCGACUCGGUGCGACGAUUGACGUCGAGCACAGUCAUGUCAAGUUCAUGGGCAACCUGACCUUGAAUCUGUGGGACUGCGGAGGGCAAGAUGCCUUCAUGGAAACUUAUCUCGCCUCCCAGCGCGGCAAUAUCUUCUCCGACGUUGCCGUCCUUAUCUACGUUUUCGACAUUGAAUCGCGCGAAGUCGAUCGCGACCUCGACACAUAUAAUGCGAUCAUCGAAGCGCUGCGCGAAUUCAGCCCAAAUGCCUACGUCUUCUGUCUCGUCCACAAGAUGGAUCUGAUCCAGACCGAGCACCGCCAGCGCAUCUACGAAGAACGCUCAGCAUUGAUCCGUUCCCGCUCCGGGCACUUCCGUGUCGAUACCUUUGGCAGCAGCAUUUGGGACCAAUCGCUCUACAAAGCCUGGGCAGGCAUCGUACACAAGCUCAUCCCUAAUCUGACGGUCAUCGAGCGGUUCCUGAGCGCUUUUGCAAAGAAGAUCGAUGCCGAAGAGGUUAUCCUCUUCGAGCGGUCAACUUUCCUCACUGUCACAUCCGUCUCCUCCGAAGUAGGCGACCUCAACCCUAUCUAUGACCGCCAUGAGCGCCUUUCCAAUAUCAUGAAGGCAUUCAAACACUGCGCCGCCCGGAAUACCCUCACAACACCCGCCUCCGCCGGCUUCGUCGUCAUGCACACCAAGACUCCCCAAUUCAAUAUCUUCCUCGGCCGUUUCACCGAUAACACCUACAUCUUCCUAGUUGUACCGCCCGGCGAGGCAGCAUACAACUGCGCAGUGCUGAAUACCAUGCUCGCCCGUGAGGGCUUCUCAAAAGCAGCCGCCUCCGGCCGGUCAGAUGGCUUCCCACUACCCCCGCCGGAAACGCCCGAGGAUGCCAUUUCGAACGGGGUGGCUGCUCACGGCUGAGCCAUGUGAAGCCCAUUCAAGCGUAUUGAUUUUGUAGCGUUCUUAUGUGUCUUGUACCAUGUAUAGCCGGCAUAUCCUGGGGCCAUUUGGUGAUACUCUUUUUUUUUUCCUUUGUUUGCAGAAAAGUCGGGGGGUUACCUUUUAC